AUGGCAAUGAGUUGGUGGAGUGAUAAUUUCUGGAUCAUCUUGGCUGUGGCCAUCAUCUGUGUCUCUGUGGGCCUGAGCAUCUUUCUGUUCUGUGUCUGUAGGUGUCUUCUUAGACAAGGAAAGAAAUGGGAAGUUGCCAAGCCCUUGAAGCAAAAGCAGAGAGAUGAAGAAACGAUGUAUGAGAAUGUUACAGAUCAGUUCUCAGUUCAAUUACCCCCUCUGCCACCCAGGGGUGCGCUUUCUGCAGAAGUUGCCUCCCCACAGGAAACCCCAAGUCUGCCACCAGCUGCAUACUCGUCGGUAAAUAAAGUUAGAAAUAAGAAGACAGUUGCCGUCUCAAGCUAUAUUGAGCCUGAAGAUGACUAUGAUGACGUUGAUAUACCUGCAAAGACGAAAAACCAUCAUCCUGAAACAACCGUUUCUUCUUUUUGGCAAGCAGAAGAGGGUUCACACAGCUUAUUUUAA